ACCCGACCCGUUCGUUUAUGAAGCUCGUCUCCACCCUCCUUCGACUUCCCAAAAAUUUCCAUGUCGCAGUACAAACCCUAAGCCUAGAAAAUCAAACAGUCAAUGGAUGCUAAGGACAUCCUAGGGCUCCCAAAGAACUCGUUCCCUUCGUCCCAAGAGAAGAAGCCUCGAGCUCCGAAGGAAUCACAGAGGAAGCCCGAUGGCGUCUCUCGAGAGGUCUACGCCCUCACCGGCGGCAAUCUUCCUCCUUUAAUGCCCACUGUCGACAUCUCUCACUUCAAGCGCCGUGUUCAGAACCCCGAUAACAAAGAAAAGAUCACAUGGCAAUGGCUUCCUUUUAGCUCAUCAGCUCGGACUGACAAUUUGCAGCUUUAUCAUUGGGUGAGAGUUGUAAAUGGUGUUCCUCCAACAGGUGAUUAUUUGUUUGCUAAGUACAACAAGAAGGUGGACGUUCUUAAAUACACCGAUGAGGAAUAUGAUAAGCAUUUAAUUGAUCCUGGGUGGACCAAGGAGGAAACAGAUCAGUUGUUUGAUUUGUGUGAAAGAUUUGAUCUUCGCUUUGUAGUAAUAGCCGACAGGUUUCCAUCAGCUCGAAGUGUUGAGGAACUGAAGAGUCGCUACUAUGCUGUGUCUCGAGCACUUUUGCUUGCUAGAGCACCAUCUCCUGGUGAUGUUUCUGGGCAUCCGCUGGUUAAGGAAUCUUACAACAUGGCACAUGAGAUUGAGAGGAAGCGGGCGUUGUCAGCACUAUUCUCUCAAACAAAGCAACAAGAGCGAAGAGAUGCUGAGAUCCUAGCUGAAGCUAAACGCAUAACAGAGUUACGCAUGUCUAGCAAACUGCGGGUUUAUUUGAGAAGUUACGCUCUUGAGCAAAUGGUGCAAGCAGCAAGCUCUACUGCUGGACUCAGAACCAUCAAGAGAGUUGAUCAGACUUUGCAGGAUCUUGGGGUCCAUUUAAAGCCAAAGGUCCCGACAAAAUCCGUUUGUGCAGAACAUCUUGAAUUACGUAAAGAAAUCCUCACCCUGCUCAAUUUACAGAAACAGGUGCAAAAUAGAGAUGCUGAAGCUGCAAACCGUGAUAGUUCAUAUACAGAAGCAUCAAGCACUCCUAAGCGGUCUUAUCGUGGAGACAUGGAUAGAACAUUUGUCCCGGAAUCUGCUGGUUUUGGAGGCGAGCGAACAGUCAAAAGGGAUCACAAGCGCAAGGCGUCUGGAAGAUUUAUCGAUGCUCCACCAUCACCUCCGCAAUCUAAGAGACCAAGGAAGCUAAAGGCUUCCGAUUGAUGAUCUUUUCACGUGCAACAUUUUCAUUGUGUUUAUAAAUUAUUCACCAAUCAAUGUAAUCUUGGUGCUGAGUAGCUUUUGUGUUGUAGUAGCUAAAAGGAAAACCAAGCUCUUUUUAGCUUAGUUCAUGUAUAGCCUACUCACCUUCCUGUUGGCUGUUGCUUACAUGUGAUAAUUGCCUAGUUAUGGUUACAUAAUUUAACUAUCAAGAUUGUCACAUUCUCAGAAGCUGCGAUUAGGUUUUAAAAAAAAAAUUUCCUUUAGUUGUGAAAGGAGGCGGGAAAGGCAAAUACCUCAAAAUACAGGGGGCAAAGGCAUUUUGGUUGGAUGUUAAUUAAGCCGUAAGAUUGCUUUUUAUUUUGUAAUUCAU